CCCCUCGUGCGAUACUUCGGUAUAAAAGCAAAGCAACCUCUUUUGGAUGUAACACACGAGGUUCGAUCGACGCUCAUCCUGGCGUCCUCUCCGUGGCUCGACACGUUACUCGCGCGAUCGUAUCGAGGAUAAUAAUAAGCGACUUUUCUUCAAUUUUUUUUUUUUUUUCGAAUCGGUGGUGAUCCUUUCUUCUUUUUCUUCUCCCGAUUUCUUCUUCUCGUAACUUCUUACGUCGAGGAUCUUGAUCUUGAGGAGGAAGAUGACCAAGUACUUUGUGACCGUUCUGUGGCUGCUUCCGAUACUGGCCGCGGCGCUGCCUGCCAAUGACAAGCCCGGGACCGAGAACGACCUCAUGGCGACCAUAUACACCGAUUGUUUGAAGAAGGAAUCGAUCAAUUGCAUCAAGUACAAAGUAUUCUCGUACGUGGACAAGAUGCUCGCCGACAAGGAGGAUUUCACGCUCACGGACGGAAUCACUGUGGUCAAAACGUCCAAUGCAAACGAGGAAGGUGCACCUAGAUCGAUAGAGUCGAGCGACUUGGACACGCUUCUGUUCGACCGUCUGGGCAGGUUCUUGAGGACGUAUUCGAUCAAGGUCGAUCUCAAGGGAACCGAUAUCCUAGGCGCCAUCGAGUCUGCCGGUCGAAGUUUCGAGGAUUUCACCUCCGACAACGCCGUGGAGAGUCGUGGCAAGAAAAAGAAAGCCCAGAAAAUUCUCGGCCCCCUGAUGAUGGCUCUGGCCCUCAAGGCUGCAGCCCUGUUGCCGUUGGCGCUGGGCGCGAUCGCCGCCAUCGCUGGCAAAGCUCUCCUCGUCGGUAAAAUAGCUCUGGUUAUCUCCGCCAUCAUUGGAUUGAAGAAGUUGCUCAGCUCGAGCGGAAAACACGUGACGUACGAGGUCGUGUCGCAUCCCCAUCACAGCAGCAGCAGCCACAUAGUCAGUCACGACGAUGGGGGCCACGGCGGUUACGGCGGAGGUGGCGCCGACUAUGGCGGCGGUUAUUCCGGCGGAAGCAGUGGCCACGGUUGGGCCAGAAGUCUGCCUCAAGACGCCCACGAGCUGGCUUAUCGCGCUCACCAACCUCAACCGCAAGCAUAAAGAAUCUCAUAGAAAGUCACUUUCCUCUUUACCUCGUCCUUUGAUUCACUACUUUCCUUUCCACUCUUUCCUUCCUUCCUUCCUUCCUUCCUUCCUUCCUUCUUCCUCGUUCAUCCUUGCGCUCUCUAUUUUAUAUUUAUUUAUUUGUUGUUCCUGUAUCCUCGAACGACGUAUCAUCUCAAAGUUUUUCUCCACUUCUUCUUCCCUCCCGUCUUCUUCCUCGAACUCUCCUCGAAAUUCUUUCUUUCGUUCCGUUUCCACGAGGAACCAGUACCUUCGCGAGAUACUCGUUCCAUGUAUAGCGUAUAUAUUAUGUCGAGCAUUGUUUAUUUAU